AUGCCGACUUGGCUGGACCGCCAGCCCGACGAGCGUGCGCGGAUCGCCCAGGUGCCAUGCAUCUUUUGCGCCGAGGCGACGCACAGCGUUGUCGAGUGUCGCGCCUUGCGCACGGCCAUUCGCACGAAGACAGUACUGGCGUCGUUCAAGUGGCCGCGCGGUCUGCUCUGUGCAUACUGCACCUUCUUCGGUCUUGUUGGCAACCACGACAUCGCACGCUGCACCAUGCUCGUGGAGCACAUGCAUUAUCGCAAGGUGCCCAAGGUCUUUGUGAAGUACUACAAACCAAAGAACCUCCUGCUUCCAGUACCUACAGAGUGUCCGCCGGUCCGUCCGAUCCCGCACCGCCACGACGUCGUGUGCGGGUACUGCUCGGUCGAGGGCCACGAUCCAAAGCAGUGCCAUGAGCUGCACACCGACGUUUGCGCCGGCUGCAUGCGUCGGUAG